AAUGACAGAGAACAAACAACUCACAAGGUUAUACUCUAUACCAUAAAAGCCAAAAAUAAUGUAAAACAACUAAAUCAGAGCUUAAUCAACUGCAUAUCAUUAACGAUUUAUAUCAUUGAAUACUUGAUUUAUAAUUA